AUGACGGGACGGGAAAUGGCGGAUGAGAUGGAGGCGAAGAGGUAUCGAUUGCUUAACACUAGAUACGUUAACAAGCAAAGAUCUCAAUUAGAACAACUCGCUAAUGACUUGAUUCCGUUUGCCUUCACUCGGCUUCAUUUGCGUUUUGCCUGUGUCAGUUUCUUGUCGAUUUGUUUUGCUUACUUUCUUCCUCCUCGCAAUCUUACGUCUUUCUUUUUCAUUCUUUUAUUUUUCCAAGCGUCUUUCAUUCAAUUUUAUUACUCCAUCCCCACCCUCGCCACUGCCGCCACCUCUUUUUUAUCUUCUUUUUCUUUCAUUCUUGCCCACACUUAUAUCUUUUUCUUCAAGACUUUUCUAAUGUUCGUCACUAUUAGAUAUCCAAUAUUCCAUUUUCGUCUUCUUCCGCUGCCAUCUUGUCAGUUUUUUUCGUCGCCUUCACUUCCACACUUUCUGACAUCUAUAUGUUUCCUCACCUCCUCCUGGCGUUCCAAUUUUUUUCUUCUUAUUUUUCUUCUUCUUCUUCUUCUUCUUCUUCUUCUUCUUCUUCUUAUUAUUAUUAUUAUUAUUAUUAUUAUUAUUAUUUCGCUUCUGCACAGUAUAUGGUAUUGGUUACCAUCUUGUUUUUUCUUCUUCUUCUUCUUCUUCUUCUUCUUCUUCUUUUUCUUCUUCUUCUUCUUCUUCUUAUUACUAUUAUUAUUUUCGACUCUUUGCUUCUUAUUCUAUUCUUCUUCUCUUCUUUUUCUUCUUCAUUUUCUUUUUAUUCUUUCCUUCUUCUUUUUCUUCUUCUUUUCUUCUUUUUCUCCUUUUCUUCUUCUCUCCUCCUCCUUCUCUUUCUUCUUCUUCUUCUUCUUCUUCUUCUUUUUCUCUUCCUUUUCUUCUUAUUUUCUUCUUUUUCCUUCUUCUUCUUCUUCUUCUUCUACUUUUUUCCCUGUCUUCUUUUACAUUUCUUUUCGUCGUCAUCUUUUUCAUUUUCUUUUUUUUUCUUUUCUCCUUUUUCUUCUUUACUUCUUUUUCUUCAUCUUCUUCUCCUCUCCUCUUGAUACUUCUCUUUCUUCUUAUUUUCUUCUUCUUCUUCUUCUUGGCUUUUUUAUUUCUUCUUCUUUUUCUUCUUCUUUUUCUUCUUCUUUUCUUCUUUUUCUUCAUUUUCAUCUCAUUCUUAUCUUCUUUUUUUCUUCUUUCUUCUUCUCAUUUUUCUACAUUCUUCUUCUUCUUCUUUUCUUUUUCUUCUUUUCCUCUUCUUUUUUUUUCUUUUUCUUCUUCGUUUUCUUCUUAUUCUCGCAGUUUGGUCUCCUUUCAAUUUUUUCUUUCCUUACUCACAGCCCCAUUACGUUUACUUUCUUCCUCAUUCUACAGUCUUCCAAUUUCUAUUUUGCUUGCUAUUCAUUCGCGUACCAUAAAUCUUACUUUCUUCGUUAA